CAUUGUUUUUUCUCUUUUCUUUCAGAUAAAAAUGAUAAAAGAUGUAGUUUUCGAGAAGCUGAAAUCUAUAAGAGAUUUGAACGUUAACGAGAUUCCAUCAAGAAUUUGGAGACAUCAAGAGAGGGAUGAAGUUUGUGCCAUCUUCUCAACUUCAGUUAUCAAGAUCUGUCGGGAGGGCGAGAAAACACUCUUCAGCAUUCAAACUGGGAAAAUCGUUUUUUCGACCGUUUUUAACGAUCUUAUUUACAUUAUCGUCAAGACGGGAAAAAGAUGGACGAUUUAUAGAAUCGAAAGUGGAGUUGCGGUUGAUCGGCCGACGAAAGUAUUUGAAUGUGAAGAAGAAAUAAAAUGGAUUCUUGUGCUAAAAGGAGAUCAGAUAAAGCCGAUAAUUUUUGCAGAGAAUAACUUGAAAUCAGAUUUUACGACAGAUGAAUUUUAUGUUUUUGUGGGUGGGCAGUCACCCUGCCUAGUGUUCAGGGAUGUAUCUUACAAGCUCCACCCCUUCCCUGCGACACCCCUCUCCAAACCAGAGUUUAUUAUCAAGUACACCCAGUCCCCUCCUAGCCUUAAAGUGGAAAAGUUUGCCCAAAUAUUAGAUCUCCUAGAACCACAGGGACACAACCAAUUUUAUUACUUAAACAUAUAAUUAGUUUUUGAAAAU